AUGUUAAGAAGCUUCAUUGUGGCCCUUCUGACUUUCGCUGCUUUGGCGAACGCAAGAUGCGUUCAGGGCUCCAGGACGUUGGUCAUAUAUGAUGAGAGAUUGUCAGUCUUGGAUAACUACUCAAACCUCUUCAAUUCAAUGAGGGAACGCGAUUACACUUUAGACUUUAUUUCAGUGGCAAAUGAGACAUCAAGUCUUCAACUGUUCAAAGGUGAGAAUAAAAUUUAUGAUAAUCUUAUGGUGUUCCCUAUUAAGGGCAAAACAUUGAACAAGCAUGUCUCGGGAAAAUCGCUGCUUCAGUUUUCAUUGGCUGGUGGCAACGUUUUGGCCGUCAGCUCACCAGAGAGCUUGUCCGAUCCCGUCAGACUUUUCCUUAACCAGCUAGGGAUAUAUCCAAGUCCUAAAGACUACAGAUUAGUUGACCACUUUCAAAAAUCUUCCGACGGAAUUCGAAUCGGUACAGAUGGAUUAAAGAACAGGUUUGUCUACAAGCCCUAUGAUGAAGAAGAAGAUUUUUUCAUUACGAACUCCUCUGUCGCAAUACUUGACAAUCGUGAACAACUGGUUCCCAUCCUCGUGGCACCAAGGACCUCCUAUGCUUCUGGAAAGGGUAAAGACUUAUGGGUAUCUGGCUCCCAAGGUUAUCUCGUUGUUGGCUUCCAGGCUUUGAACAAUGCACGCACUGCAUGGGUCGGCUCUCCAGAAUUUUUGAGCAAUUCUAAUCAUCAAUCUAACGGAAUCCUGGCUAAAGAGCUUACCAAAUGGACUUUUAAGGAGAAAGGGGUUAUUAAAACCAAUGGUUUUAGGCACUCUCAUAUUGAUGGUACUUCCUACGAGGAAGCCCCAUAUAAGAUUAAGGAUGCUGUCAAUUACGAAGUCAGCUUCUCAGAAUGGAAUGGAGAAGAAUGGCAACCAUUCGAGGCUACCGACAUCCAGUUCGAGCUUAAAAUGCUAGAUCCUUACUACCGUUUGAACUUGAUACCCAGCCAUAGAGAUGAGACUUACCAAUGGUAUACGACUGGUGACUUCAGGCUUCCUGAUCAUCAUGGCGUUUUCACAUUUCAAGUCGAUUACAAAAGAGCAGGCUUGUCCUUAGUUUCCGUAUCCGACGUAAAGGCCAUUCGUCAUUUGGCCCAUGAUGAAUAUCCAAGAAGUUGGGAAAUUACGAACGCUAGAGUCUACAUAUCUGGGAUUUUUGCAGUGAUCUUCGCUUGGGUUCUGUUCGUGAUAUUCUUCGUCUCUACCUCGAAAACUACUAAAAACUUCAACACCGAGAAGAAGAACAAUUGA